AGCCAUAGUCCCUCGCUUGUUUCCUAAGAGCCACUCAUUCACUCUUUAAGUUAAACUUAACAUUCAUUUGUCUGUUAUUUGUACCGGUAGUUACUCUCCCUCCAAAUGAAGCUGCAGCUUUCUGUUCUCGCAGCAUUCCUCGCUGGCUCCGCAUCCGCCGUUCGUCCGCUUAUUGCCAAAGGUGGGAAUUUCGUCAAUUCCGCCGGCGACAGGUUUGUAAUUGUUGGUUUGGCGUACCAGCCCGGUGGUGCUUCGGGGUAUGAUCCGGCAUCUGGGAAGGAUCCGCUGAGCGAUCCUGAUAUUUGUCUUCGCGAUGCUGCGGUAAUGCAGAGACUCGGAAUCAACACUAUCCGUGUAUACAAUGUGAACCCGGAAGUUAACCAUGACAUGUGCAUGUCCAUCUUCAAUUCCGUUGGGAUCUACGUAGCACUAGACGUCAAUUCCCCACUCGCCGGGGACUCCAUCCACCGCCAUGAGCCUGAAUCCUCCUACCACGAAGGAUACAUAAAGCGCAUCUACAGCGUCGUUGACGCAUUCAGAGGCUACCCCAACCUCCUCAGCUUCUUUGCUGGCAACGAGGUCGUCAACGACGCUCUCUCCGCAUCCCUAGUCCCUCCUUAUAUCCGUGCGAUCCAUCGGGACCUGAAAAAAUACAUUGCGAAGCACGCCCCUCGCACGAUCCCGGUCGGGUACUCCGCCGCUGACGACCCGACCAGGCGACCGAUGUGGGCUUACCUUUCCUGCGGCGAUGAUGCGGAUAGCAGGACCGACUUUUAUGGACUGAAUUCUUACCAGUGGUGUGGAGAUUCUACAUGGGAGAGCUCGGGUUAUCAGGGACUAGUAGACACCUUCAAGAACACAUCUGUCCCGCUAUUCUUUUCAGAAUUCGGCUGUAACAAGAUCCGCCCGAGACCAUUCGGUGAGAUCGCGGCACUCUACGGCGAGCGCAUGAUCUCCUCGUGGUCUGGUGGUCUCGUAUACGAAUACUCCCAAGAAAAAAGCGACUACGGCAUCGUCCAGAUCGACUCCAACGGCGACGCAAGACUCCUUAAGGACUUUGACAACCUGCAGAGCCAAUACAACAACAUCAACCUCAACCUCAUCAAGACCAAAUCCGCCGCGACAACCACAGCCCGCCACCCCAAGUGCGAAGACACCUUCAUCCUCCAGGGUCACUCAGAGAAAUUCAACACCUCCACAACUCUCCCACCCAAUCCCGCCACCAACCUCCUAGAGAAGGGCUCCGGGAAUACCAAUGUCGGCAAAUUAGUUCCCGUGACGCAGACCAAGACCCCGCAUAAGGUUUUCACUAGCACUGGUGUCCAGAUUGACGGUAUUGAGAUUAAGAUGUUGAAGGAUGAUGAGAGUAACACUCCCUCGGGGGAGAACACUAGUUCGUCUACAGCAUCUAGUGGGUCUGGGGGAGGUUCGGGAGAUGAGAAGGAUGCCACAGGAGGGUUAAGGGUUAGCGCGGUUUUGGUUGUUGGUGUUGCGGUGGUUGUUGGGUUUUGGGGGUUGGCUUAGCAGCGUGUUAAUGAGCUGAUGAGGGAUGGGAUUGAAUGGAAUGACGUGAUGCGAUGCAGUUUAUGACGGGUGGAGAUGGGCGAAUCGGUUGAUGAGGGAUGCACGAGAGAGAGAGAAGGGGAGAGAGGGAGAGCAAAUAUGAUCUAUUGUGAUUCUA